AUGGAAGCCCUUUCAAAAUUAUUUGAUUAUUGUUUGACACCUGUGACUAUUGUAUGCAAUGGCGAAGCUAAUAAUAUGAUGUGCUACACCAAAGCUAUGAGAGUCACAAAAGAAAGACCAUACAUUAUGUGCCAAGAUAGAAAGGUGUUCACAGUUUUUGAUGUGCCUCACCUGUUGAAAUGCUUGAGAAACAACUUUAUUAAAUAUGAUGUAAAGUUUUUGAAUGGUAAGGUUGCUAGUUGGGAGCACAUAAAAUCCUUGUGGGAAUUUGAUCGUCAAAUGCCUCACCGAAUUGCUCCAAAAUUAUCUGACCGCCAUGUUAAUGUAGAAGGCCUUAGUACUAUGAAUGUGAAACUGGCUGCACAAGUCUUCAGCCAUUCUGUGACUGUUCGGUUGUGCUUCUUGAGUGCAGUGGGUCGUCUGCCAGCAUCGGCUAGUCACACAGCUGAUUUUUGUUCAAACGUCAAAAAGUUAUUUGACAGUUUGAAUAGUAGAAAAAUUAAUCAUAAUAACCCUUUCCUUUCAGCUAGAAUGUUCCUUUUAUUUGAUGUGUCGCUUCACCCAGAACGCCUUAAAAAAUUUUUCUCUGUUGUCAGACGCAGAGGCGGGAAUAAUGACCAUCCUACUGCAUAUGAUUUUCAACAGAGAAUGAGAUUUCUAAUGGCACAGAAUGUAAUUAGCAUAAGCAGGUUAUCAAACUGUGAACCUGAUCAUGAUACAGUUUUGAUACCUGCUGAGGUGCUUAUAGUUAACAAGAACUCUGAGCCCUUGUUUGGCAAUGAAGGAAAUGAACUGGAAAUUGAUUUUGAUGACCCUUUGCUUUCAUUAACUGAGACUGCAGGUAAUGCUGUAGAUAUUCCUAUUGCCGGUGCAGUACAUGAUGUAUUUGAGCAAAAUUCUUCAGCCUAUGUUGCUGGGUAUACAGCUAAGCGGGCAUUAAAACAGUUUUCUUUGUGCCUGUUGUGCAAAAGUGUUCUCGUUUCAAAUCAAUAUUUAGACACGCACACCUAUUUUUUGCAUUUCAAAGAGUAUGAUUUUAUGAAAGAGGGAUUGUGUUACCCCUCCCAUCAGUUUACUUUAUUUGUGUGUGAGGUGGGUAAAAGGUUCAAAACUGUGUUUGAGAAAAUAUGUAAUCAUAAAAAUGUGAAAACCAAAAUUAUAUCCGAGCUGAAAACUAUCUGA